CAUCACCACCAUCACAGCCCAGAAAGAAAGAAUCUCUCUUUCUUCUUCUGCAAUUCUCACUUGUCUUCUUCUCAAUCUCAAGUUCCUCACUCCCCGAAAUUCUCCGAUCUCAUUACUCCGCAUAUUCUCCCAAAUUCAGAGACAGAUUCGGUUUUAGCAGGUGUCAAUGGCGAUCGACGAGGACGUGGAGAGCUGCGGCAGCAGAGCCGCCGCGUUCUCGGCGCAGGCGCAGCCGCGCCACCAUAUGCAGAAGCUGGAGGUUUACAACGAGGUGCUGCGGAGAAUUCAGGAGUUUGAUUAUGAGGAGGCGAGUCUUCCUGGAUUUGAUGAUCAGCUUUGGCUUCAUUUCAACCGCUUACCUGCUCGGUACGCGUUGGAUGUGAAUGUGGAGAGGGCGGAGGAUGUGCUUACGCAUAAGAGGUUGCUGCAGUUAGCUGAGGACCCUGCUAACCAACCGGCCUUUGAAGUCCGAACUGUGCAGGUUUAUCCCCCUGUGUACAAUGGAAAUGCUGGCGAUUCGGUCCAUUCAGAUUCUUCGAUGAAAGAAGAUGCACAAAGUUCUCUUAAUAAUAACAGGCAUGGGAUUCAUGCACCGCCUACCUUUGGUUCAUCUCCUAAUCUCGAGGCACUUUCACUUCUAGCCAAUAGGUCUCAUGUUGAUGAUGGAGACAGUGCAAUGAGCGCAACACCCUAUGUUUCUAGGCCUAUGCAUGAGAUCACUUUUUCAACGGUUGACAAGCCUAAACUUCUUAGUCAGUUAACUUCAUUACUUGCUGAGAUUGGACUGAAUAUUCAAGAAGCUCACGCCUUUUCCACUGUUGAUGGAUUUUCUCUGGAUGUUUUCGUAGUUGAUGGCUGGCACUUAGAGGAAACUGAAGAACUUAAAAGGGUGUUGGAGAAGGAAAUUUUAAUAUUUAAGGAUUCAAAGCAGUAUCCAGUUUCUGCAGUUAGUGAGGAUAACAAAAUAAAAACUGAGCCUUUCCCUGAUGCCCUGCAAAUACCAACUGACGGAAUUGAUGUAUGGGAGAUUGAUACGAAGCAGCUAAAAUUUGAGAAUAAAGUUGGAUCUGGAUCAUUCGGUGAUCUGUACAGAGGCACAUAUUGUAGUCAGGAAGUUGCCAUCAAAAUUCUAAAACCUGAGCGGGUCAAUGCAGAGAUGCUGAAGGAUUUUUCACAGGAAGUUUAUAUACUAAGGAAAAUUCGGCACAAGAAUGUUGUGCAAUUUAUUGGUGCAUGUACUCAACCUCCAAACAUUUGCAUUGUGACUGAGUUUAUGUCCAGAGGAAGUGUAUACGAUUUUCUGCAUAAACAAAAGGGUGUGUUCAAGCUUCCAUCUCUGCUCAAAGUGGCAAUUGAUGUUUCCAAGGGAAUGAAUUAUUUGCACCAAAAUAAUAUAGUCCACAGAGACCUUAAGACUGCCAAUCUUCUGAUGGAUGAACAUGAAGUUGUUAAGGUUGCUGAUUUUGGGGUUGCCAGAGUGCAAGCUCAAUCUGGAGUGAUGACAGCUGAAACCGGGACAUACCGAUGGAUGGCUCCUGAGGUCAUUGAACACAAACCAUAUGAUCACAAGGCAGAUGUUUUCAGUUUUGGUAUAGUACUGUGGGAACUUUUAACAGGACAGCUACCCUACUCGUUUUUGACCCCAUUACAAGCAGCAGUUGGUGUGGUGCAAAAGGCACUACGACCUACAAUUCCAAAGAAUACGAACCCAAAGUUUGCAGAAUUGCUCGAGAGAUGCUGGCAGCAAGACCCGAUUCAGAGACCUGACUUCUCCGAGAUUGUAGAAAUCCUUCAACAUUUGGCCAAGGAGGUUGGAAAUGAGGGUGAAGAUCGACAAAAGGAUAAAUCAUUUUUCUCAGCACUGAGAUGGGGCCAUCACUAGUCGCAGAAGAUGAGAGAACUCUAUUGAUGUAUGCCCCCAGCAGCUACUGGGAUUAUAAAUUGACCUCUCCAAGGGUGAUGACGAACAUUUCUCCUUGUACAGUUUUUGCUACCAACUGCACAGAUUUUAAACUGAAUUUCUUGUGUGUUUACAGACUUGGGUUUUCUUAGUUUAACUAGUCCACUGAUUGUAGCAAACUACUCCAUUAUCAGAUAAAUAUUGUGAACAAAAAUGUGCAAGAUCUCACACAUAUUGCAGUUGUAUGAAUGCAUUCUUCAGUGAGCAGAUUUCAUAUUGA